AUGAAAAUUUUCUUACGUUACCAGACAAGAUUCAGAUACAUAUGGUUUGCCAAGCCUUCUGGCCGGCAUUUUCACAAAGAUCACCAACUUUGGGUGCCUCUGACUCUUGCUGACUUUGAAGCCAUAAAUCGCUGUGAGAUGUCAUUGCCUAAGAACUUUAACUUUGCUAAGGAUGUUCUGGACCAGUGGUCACAAAAGGAGAAGACAGGAGAGAGACUGGCCAAUCCAGCCCUGUGGUGGGUGAAUGGCAAAGGGGAUGAGGUGAAAUGGAGCUUUACAGAACUGGGUUCCUUGUCUCGAAAAGCAGCCAAUGUUCUCACUAAACCCUGUGGCCUGAAGAGAGGAGACCGAGUGGCUGUGAUUCUGCCCCGAAUCCCAGAGUGGUGGCUCAUAAAUGUGGCUUGCAUAAGAACAGGACUUGUUUUUAUGCCAGGAACAAUCCAGCUAACAGCAAAAGACAUCCUCUACAGACUACAAGUAUCCAAGGCUAAGUGUAUUGUAAUCAGUGAGGAGGUGUUCCCAGCAGUCGAGUCCAUUGUGUCAGAGUGUCCUGACUUGAAAACCAAACUCCUGGUUUCUCCACAAAGUCGAAAUGGUUGGCUCAGCUUCCAGGAGUUAUUCCAGUCUGCCUCUACAGAGCACAGCUGUGUGGAGACAGGAAGUCAAGAACCAAUGGCCAUUUAUUUCACCAGUGGGACCACAGGCUCCCCUAAGAUGGCUCAGCAUUCUCAGAGUAGUCUUGGAAUUGGGUUCACCCUCUGUGGAAGGUAUUGGUUAGACCUGAAAUCCUCAGAUAUCAUCUGGAAUAUGUCUGACACUGGCUGGAUCAAGGCUGCCAUUGGCAGCUUGUUUUCUUCCUGGCUUCAGGGUGCCUGUGUUUUUGUACAUCGAAUGUCUCAGUUUGACACUGACAUCUUUCUAGACACGCUUACCACUUACCCCAUCACGACCCUGUGCAGCGCCCCUACUGUCUACAGGAUGCUUGUACAAAAAGAUCUUAAGAGAUACAAAUUCAAGAAGCUCCGACACUGCCUAACAGGAGGCGAGCCACUCAACCCAGAGGUGAUGGAGCAGUGGAAGGCCCAGACUGGGCUGGAGCUGUACGAGGGCUAUGGGCAGACAGAAGUGGGAAUAAUUUGUGCCAAUCAGAAAGGACAAGAAAUUAAACCAGGCUCCAUGGGAAAAGGAGUACAACCCUAUGAUGUCCAGAUUAUAGAUGAAAAUGCCAACAUUCUACCACAUGGCAAAGAAGGAGAAAUUGCUCUCAGACUAAAAUCUACAAGACCUUUCUGCUUCUUCUCUGAAUAUGUGGAUAAUCCAGAGAAAACUGCUGCCACAGUAAGAGGAAAUUUUUAUGUCACUGGUGACAGAGGAGUGAUGGACAGUGACGGGUAUUUAUGGUUUGUUGGCAGAGCUGAUGAUGUCAUCAUAUCCUCAGGGUACCGUAUUGGCCCAUUUGAAGUGGAGAGUGCACUUAUUGAGCACCCAGCUGUUGUGGAAUCAGCUGUUGUCAGUAGUCCAGACCCAAUCAGAGGAGAGAUAGUUAAAGCUUUUGUUGUUUUAUCUGCACCUUUCAAAUCAUCCAACCCAGAAAAACUAAUUCUUGAACUUCAGGAUCAUGUGAAAAAAUCUACUGCUCCAUACAAAUAUCCAAGAAAGGUGGAGUUUGUUCAAGAGCUCCCAAAGACAGUCACUGGGAAAAUCAAACGCAAUGUUUUAAGAAACCAGGAAUGGAGCCGAAAAUAG